CGUGGAAGUGAGUUGCCUUGAGUUUGAAGGUGUACCAUAGUGUCUGGUCACCUAUCGGGAGGUCUGAAAUUCAUGAGAAUUGUGCGCUGUAGCAUGACUGGAAGCGUGGACGAUUUUGUUCUGCUACAUGAUUAAUUACCAUGUGAACGCACUCAAAAUUUUACGCAGAAGCAAGCAAGUCGAACGAGAGGAGUUGUAUUCAUUUUUCGGGACGGGAUCUCCAUAAUGAAAUUCGCGGAAAUGUGAUAAAUGAUCCAGGUUUUCCGCAAUAAUGGAGUUAUUUAAAAGUGGUUUGAGAUCAGUGCUUGGAGCUCCUACAGUCGAAAAUCCCCCUUCAGGAGCAGAAACGGUUGAGAAGCUGAUCAAUCGUGCGAGGUCAUCUACUUUGCUGGAUGAUAGACGAGAUGCCUGUCGUGCGCUCAAAGCGCUUUCACGAAAAUUUCGUAUGGAAGUAGGUGCUCAAGGACUUGACGUGCUCGUUGGCUUGUUGAAUACGGACCGUUCGGACUCCGAAAUCCUCGGUUACGUUCUUGAUGCCCUGUGCAAUGUUACCUCGAAAGAAUCCCUGGAGGAAGAGCGAGAAAUCGCGGAAGUGCCCAUUGGGCAACUGGAAGAAUUAGGAGAGCGGUUCACUGAGAUUUACUUGAAGAAUCCUGAUAAUGUGAGAGUGAUCCUCGACAUAUUGGAUGAAUAUGAUUUUCAUGUUCGGUGGCCGGCUGUGAAGCUACUGACGAAUUUAAUUUUGAACAGGCCAAAGGAUUUACAAGAAUGUAUCCUUGUGAAUCCGAUGGGGGUUUCAAAGUUCAUGGAUCUCCUGUGUGAUUCCAGGGAAGUGAUCCGAAAUGAUGGUCUUCUUUUGCUUGGUCAACUCACAAAAGGGAACGCCAAUAUUCAGAAGAUAGUCGCAUUCGAGAAUGCUUUUGAAAAAUUAUUCAAUGUUGUUGCUGAAGAGGGAUAUUCAGAUGGUGGAAUAGUUGUUGAGGACUGCUUGCAUUUGUUCCUAAACCUCCUACGAAACAAUCCCUCCAAUCAAACAUUUUUCAAAGAAGGAAGCUACAUCCAAAAGAUCUGCCCCUUCUUUGACAUUGCGAUUCCGGAUGGGGACAUGCCUUUAGGAUGGCCUUCUCAGAAAGUCGUGAAUGUGCAGCUGAUGCUACAGGUUUUACAAUCGCUCAUCAGCCCUUCACGGAGUUCUGGAGGGAGUGGGGAAGUCCUCUUUUGCCAGCAACUCAUGAGGAAGUGUGGGCUGCUUGAAAAAAUGUGCAAGCUCUUGAUGACAUCUGGUGUCCCAGCAGAUGUGCUCACAGAAAUAAUUCACACUGUCGGCGAUAUGAUCAGAGCUUGUGAAGCAAGUCAGGAAUACUUUGCUGAACUUCUUGUUCCUUCUAAUCCACCGCAGAAAGCCUUGGUCAUCCUCAUGAUGUCGAUGGUGAACAAUAAGCAACCAUUUGGCUUGCGAUGUGCUGUGCUGUACGUGUUCCAGUGCUACCUGUAUCGGAACGACUCGGGAAAGGCGCAGAUCGUUCAAACUCUGCUUCCGUCGUCGACUGCUCAAUUGACGAGCGUGAGUGUUGGACAAUUAUUGUGCAGCGGACUGCUGAGCACCCAGGACGACUUUUCCGUAUGGUGUGCUGCUGUGGCAUUGUCUCACACUCUGGUCAAUAGUCCGCAGCAGAAGGAGAACCUCCUCAAAGUUCACCUAGCCAUUUCUCGCGUCGGAAAUCCCGUGCUUUUGCUUCAACAAUCGUUUCUUAUUCUUCAACAGGCAACGAAGCCCCAGUCAAAGCUGGGAAUACUGAUGUUUUUGAGUCAGUGGCUCGCAAGUUGUUCAUCUGCGGUGACUGCUUUUCUAGGAUUACAGUCUGCCAUCCCUUUCUUAAUAUCCCAGGUUGGAUCAAAUGAGAGCGAAGAGAACGAGGAUCUGGUGCAAUCAGCUUGUGCAUUCCUGCUUGGGUUGUGCAUAAUAUUCAAUUCGAAUAACGAUCCGUCGAGUAAUAAGGAGUCAUUGAAAAUGCUGAUAGCCAAGAGGAUCGGCACUGAGAAGUUUUUGGAUUGUGUGGGGACAAUCGGGAGGCAUGAAAUUUACGCCAAAGCUUUGAAAUCUCCGCAAGUUAGGUAUAAUUGUGUGAGUGAGCCUUUGCUCGACCAUGAAUUCGCCAGACUGCAUAAGUCUUUUGAAGGAAUGGUGGUGUCGGAAGUUUCCGGCGAAGCUUUAAAGAUUGACCAAUCUGAACGUGAUUUGAAUGGGAUGGUUCAGCAGUUGCAAGCUUCCAUGGCAAGUCUUCAGUUGGAAAAUGACAGAAUGAAGAGGGACCUGGAGGAAGCCCGGAAGAAUGCGUUACCCAUGUUGAAUGGAACUUUGUUCCCGACGCCCGUGCGUGCUUCUGUGAUUGAAAGUGAUGAUUCCGGCAAUCUGAAAAGUGAGAUUGAUGCCCUGAAGGUGGAUGUAGCGUUGAAAGCAGACAUGAUACAUCAGCUUCAAAGAACAUUAGGGGAACGAGACGCUACUAUUGAAGUUCUUCAAGCACAGAAAGCUCAGGAAACUGAAAGUGAUAACCCACACAAUGUAUUGAAAAUCUUGGAUGCGGAGCGUUCUCGAUUACUGAAGGCGACCUCGGAAUUAGCUGCGUUGCGGAUGGACCAAGAAAACAUGAUGGAUCUUCUCACGGAUUACGAAACGAAAAUAUCGGCCUAUGCGCGACGUCUCAAAGAUUUAGGACAAAGUGUGGAUGAAGAAGACUUGGACGUGAAUGAGAUCGAACAGAACUUGGCGGAGGAAGCAAAUGGUGGCUAUUGCUAGACAUCCUCUGAAGCACUCGUACGGAUUUCCGGAAGGCGCGUUUGUUGUUACCUGGGCAAGCUGGAUGAAGUUUGGGUACAUUUUGAAUUGGACGAUUCAUCUGACACAAGGCACGUGGUUGGACGUUUGUUGUGCGACCGGUUUGUUUUCGUGGUCCUUACGUCAGGUUACAUUCCAGGAGUGUACGUGUGAGCGUGCACUUGACCUGGUGCAAGCGUUUGGGAAAUCGUUAUUUUAUUGGGAUUGAUGGAUUUUAUUUCUCUGAAGGGUCGUUGCACUCGCAUGCUGUGUGGAAUACAUCUGUUUGCGAUGGA